AUGUCCCCUCUGCGGAAAUACUUCCAGACUGGGUGGGACAUGGAAGAAAGGAUAGGUCAGACCCCGUCAAGGUCACAGACCCCGUCAAAGGUCAAGGGGUCAUGCGUGACCUUGCCAUCCCUGGCUGCUGUGGUGCUCAGCAACAACGAGACCAAACUGUCCGCAUUCCUGUCUGGUUGGCGUGACAGGCUGCAGUCCAUCCUUAGCACUGAUCCUGACAAUCACCUUGGCCGCCGUCACAUCGCGCUGUCAAACUCAGUCCCUGACUCAUUCCCUGAUGUCGCUGUGCUCCGAGCAUACCUCAGCCCCUCAACAUCAGCAAAUAUCUCGCACCUCCCAGCUCAUCCCCUGCCUGUUGACCUGGCAAAGCUCGGCACCUUCUGCGAGCUGCACUUUGGCUGGGGAACAAAGUCGGGGAUCGUCAAGCAUGUCCACGAGUGGCUGUGGCCUGGUAUGGCCCUCAAACUCCUUGUCACUGAAGCAGUCGCCUAUGACCGGCGGCACCAGAAACAGGGUGCACACUCCACUCUCGCAGCACCACUGUUGGAGGUCUGGCUGCAACCUGAUCACUCCAUGGACCAGGAUAAUGUCCGUGUGAUAGCAAUCGACCGCGAUUCUGCUGACAUUGCCAUCUCCAACCUCUUUGGUGUACGACUGUCUCCUCACCCAUCGGGCACGCAACAACCGAACUACAACCCAUCAACAUUCUCUGAGGUCAUCAACCUGACCGCCAGUGACGAUGAUGAUGAUGAUGUGGAGCAGCAGGAAGUCAUCUCUCUGAUAACGGAUGACCCAGUUGUUAUUGAUCUCACCAUUGAUGAUAAUUGA